AUGGCGAUCAAGCACAACAACCAGAUUCUCAACCAGCACUUCCACAAGGACUGGCAGCGUCGUGUCCGCGUGCACUUCGACCAGCCUGGCCGCAAGCACCGCCGUCGUGAGGCUCGUCUCGCUAAGGCCGCCGCCGUUGCUCCUCGUCCGGUUGACAAGCUGCGCCCCGUUGUGCGCUGCCCUACCGUCAAGUACAACCGCCGUGUUCGUGCUGGCCGUGGUUUCACCCUUGCUGAGCUGAAGGAAGCUGGUAUCCCCAAGAAGCUCGCUCCCACCAUCGGUAUCUCCGUUGACCACCGCCGUGUCAACUACUCCAAGGAGUCCCUCGUCGCCAAUGUCGCCCGCCUCAAGGACUACAAGGCUCGCCUGAUCCUCUUCCCCCGCAAGAGCGGUCAGUUCAAGAAGCUCGACUCUUCCGCCGAGGAGGUCAACGCUGCCAAGGCUGCCUUCGCUGAGGGCAAGACCGAGGGCUUUGUCACCCGCGUCAACCCCACCCUCCCCAUCAAGAACGUCUCCGCCGCCGAGGCCGUCACCGAGGUCAAGCGCGACGACCUCCCUAAGGGUGAGGAGGCUGCCUACCGCCGCCUCCGCGAGGCCCGCUCCGAGGCCCGCUACAAGGGUGCCCGCGAGAAGCGUGCUAAGGCCAAGGCUGAGGAGGAGUCUGCUGCCAAGAAAUAA